AUUCUACUGGAAAUGAUGUCAAGUUAGGUACGCUUGCUAGGUGGACGGAAGGUGUUGGACAGCAGCACCAUCAGAGUUAGUCAGCGCCAUCAUUCUUCGAGACUUGAUAAACUGCGUAGACCAACCAUUAUUAUGUGUGGAAAACUGAUUUCCACAGUCUUCUUCCUACUGGCCAUAUUCGUCCUUGUGAAUGCUCAGUUAAAAUGGAGACUAGAAGACGACGGCCAAUCAGUGGCUCCAACACGACGCCGGGACGCGGGGUUAGGCUAUGAGCCUGAGAGUAAUGUUUUAGUUCUGUUUGGAGGGAAAGACAUCAACAAUAAACACCUUGAUGACACCUGGAUAUAUUCCAUAUACAGUGGACGAUGGCGCAACGCUACAUCAACUGACCGCCCGCCUGCACGACGAAGUUUUGUGUACGGGUCUGUCGGAAAACGGUUCUUCAUCGCCACAGGUGAAGGAAAGCCCUUGCUUAACGACAUCUGGGAAUUCAACUUCACAUCGGAGUCGUGGAAACAACUCCCACAGAAAACUUGCGAUACAGAGUCACAAAUUCCGCAGCCAAGGUAUGGCGGAGCAGGCGGUAUUCACCCUGAUUCCGAUCAGCUAUACGUGUCUCUGGGUUUCGGCAAGGUGCGCUACUUUGACACCUUUGUCUACAAUAUUUCAAAGAAAUGCUGGAAAGAAGUGACGUCAGGGGCUUCCAAUGUGUACAACCCAUCCUACCCGCAUGCUCGAUGCCUUCACGGUGGGGCUAUGACGGAUAAAAACGAGCUGGUGAUAUUCGGCGGUUGUCUUGGGGGAGGGGGUGUAGCCGGCCCCUGCCCAACCGGAGACACGUGGAUGCUAAGGAAGGAUACACGCGGUGACAUGAAGUGGACUGAAAUGGAGUAUUGUCCUCUGCCCAGGAUAUACACAACAAUGGCCAAGUUACCAUCCCCAAGCCGUAAGGCCGUGUUAUACGGAGGAGUAGAGAAAAGUAAACAAGUUCUGACAACAAGUGAAAUUCCACCCAAUGAGAUCGCCAUCUUUGACUCUCUCAGUAAAACGUGGACUUUAAAACAGACACAGGAAAAGAAUUCCCCAGAUAGGCGAGCCUCGGCUGUCAUGGUAACAGUAAAAGAAGGUAUUUAUAUGUUCGGGGGAGUUUCUAUGGAGAGUGGCGGGCUGAUGAACGACUUGUGGCUACUAGAAGGGGAUGCGGACAAAUCUCCCACGCUCGACACCUGUAACCGGUUGUUCAUUAACCACAUUGCGGUACACGGAAUACUGAUGUUCCUGGGAUGGGGAGUGUUUCUCCAGCUUGGGGCCUUCGUUGCCAUGUACUGCAGGGGCAGCAGCAGUACUUGGUUCCGAUUUCACUUUGGACUGCAGACAUUUGGCCUACUCCUCAGCCUAGCGGGCUUGGUAUUCGCUGUUUUAUCCGUUGAUAUCUUCAAGACUCACUUCACCCAGGCCCACAGCGUCAUCGGCCUAAUCGUGAUGAUAGUGGGAUGUCUGCAGCCUUUGAAUGCGGUUUUCCGGCCACAUAUUAGUAAGGUGAAGACAAUCAAGCGAAGAGUGUGGGAAUUCUUUCACAAGAAUCUAGGCCGUAUUGUUCUGCCUUUGGCCACUGUGAACAUCACCCUGGGCAUGUUUGUGGGUGUGGUGCCUCGUCCAAUCUGGAUCGCCUGGGUGGUGUAUUGGGCAGUCCUUGCCUUUAUGUGCAUUCUGGCGGAGCUUUGUAAAAUGCGACGCGUCAAAGAAUAAAGUUUUACAGGCAUUCUCCUUAAAAAUCAUUUAAUUAAAUGUUACGACAUUAAAGCACAGAAUUGUGUCACUGAAAUGGGCCACCGGGUACUCUUUUGACUUGGGUGAGCGAAUAAAUAAAACAUAGCUUUUUGUUCAUACAAAUUUAUGUGUAAUAAAAACAGAGUAAGUCCCAUUGUAAAUACAUGCGAGCGAAUAAAUGACAAAUGACAGAGAAAUAUAUGUACUUUUGUUCUACAUAUCAAGUUUUUAGAAUACGCUUUACAAAAUGUAAGGAGAAAAGCUGAUGCAAUGAAUUUCUUAUAACGUUAACAUCUUUGAUCCGAAGAUGCUGUUU